CCUCCCUCUUCCUUACUGCAAGCAGCUUCUCCACUUGAUCUAGCUAGCUGUUACUAGCUGCGCUGUAGCUAGCUAUAGCUAGCUAGCUAUCUAUUAAUCUAGCUAUCUAUUAAAGCAGCCAGGCUUUGUAAUGGCAGCUACACACGAGGUGCGCGUGUCAGUAGUGCCAGAGGGUACACCAGAGUACAGCGCUACCUAUAAAGUGCUGGUUAUUGGAGACACAAGUGUCGGCAAGACGGCACUACUGAAUAGAUUCAAUGAUGGCUCUUUCCAUUCAUCACUGGUCUCCACUGUUGGAAUUGACCACAAGAACAAAGUGAUGAGUGUGGAGGGAGAGAGCAUCAAGCUGCAGAUAUGGGACACUGCAGGUCAGGAGAGGUUUAGAACACUCACACACGCUUACUUCAGAGGAGCAGACGGUGCCCUGCUACUCUACGAUAUCUCUAAGCGUGACACAUACCUCAAUGUGCAGGACUGGAUGGAUAGUGUACAGACUCACGCUGUUGGAAUACAGGUGGUGAUAGUUGGGCACAAGUGCGACCUUGAGGACCAGCGCAGUGUCUCCACAGAGGAGGGAAGCAAGCUUGCAGAGAACUAUGAAGCCAAUUUCAUGGAAGUCAGUGCUAAGACAGGAACCAACUGCAGCCAGGUGUUCACUGUACUUGCAGAGGCAAUCAAACAGUUCAAGGACAAGGCAGCCACUCAGGAGAGCCCCCAGAGGUCAAAGGUUAAUACAGAUCCAAUUGUGAUAGACAAAGAACAACCAUCGUCACAAACAAACAAAAAUAAUGCUUGUUGUUAAUAUUAGAACCAUAAUAAUUAUAUUGAUUGACUGUUCACUGAUUCACUAAUUAAUUGUCAUUACUUCACUAUAAGUUUUUAGUCACCACUUGGACUUCUUUUUCUUUGGCUUCUUUUUCAUUGAUAUAGGAGUUGGUUUCACUUUG